AUGGCACACGGUAAGACAUUUUUAGUUUCAUUUGUCAAGCUGUUUCUUAUCUGAAAUUCUGAAAUUGCAAUAAAGUGUAUAAAUCAAAACUUCUGUGAUUUCCUCAGAUUGGAGUUGAGGGUUGAUAACAGAGUCUUGGGCCAGCAUCGAUCCCCCUCAAGUCAAUCCCAAUGAACAGCAGGUAUUGUUGGGAGGAGAGACCUUCAGGAGCUGCCUGACUAACCUUCAUAUCAGAAGGUCCGAUUCAAAGGUUCUUAUUCUAGAUUAGAAAAUUACUUUCUGAAAAGUACAACAUGACACUAUUCACACUGUAAUUACAAAAUAGUUAUCACGGUAAAAAUUGGAAAAACAAAACUUCUAUGAGAUUAUAUUAUGAUUCAACAUUGUGGUCGUUCCAAUUCAAUGAUUAUUAGCUACAGUGCGUUCUCUAAUUCAUUUAGGCAGUUAUGGAAAGUAAAGAACUGUUGCUGUGCUUUCUGUCAUCUGUUUGUGCUCUGACAUAGGCCUGAAGAGACCUUUAUUCCUGCUGACUUCAGCUCGUUCACCCAGAAGGGAGAUGUGAUCCUGGGGAUGUGCAGACUACAGCCCCCUCCUCAGGUCAUACGGGAGCCAGCAGGCCUUCAAGAGAGCCCCCCCCCCCCCCCCCCCCCCCCCAAAAAAAAAAAAAAUACUGUGAAUAUAGGGAUAUUUCCCAAAGUUGAUUUAUGUGUAUGUUUACCAUCAGGCAACUCAUGGUAAAAGUGUACAAUAAGGAAUAUGUUGGCUCUUUUCAUUUUCCUGAAAGGUUUUAGGCUCUCACUCAAGCGACAGUGGUGUAACUCUGGUUUGGUCUUCCAGCAAAAACGUCUAAAAUAGCCAAGAGAUAACUAGAGCACAAAAUCAAAUCUUCUCUAAAUAUAAAUAUAAAUAAUAAAUAUAAAUAUCUUAUACAGGCUUGUAAUGCUGCAGUGAACUGGUCCUUUAUUAUUCGUAUCAGUAAUGAUAGUUUUGUUUUGUCACCUUAUAAUUAUGUAUUAUAAUAAUAAUUAUAAACUGAGUAGUUUGGCUCCUGGAUGCUGAUUGGCUGAAAGCAUUGGUAUAUCAGACCAUAUACCAUGGGUAAUUAUGUUGGUAACCAGUUUAUAAUAGCAAUAAGGCCCCUCUGGGAUUUGUGAUAUAUGGCCAAUUGUGUUUGUGGUAUAUGGCCAGUUGCGUCGCGCCUAAGAACAGCCCUUAGCCAUGGUAUAUUGGCCAUAUACCACACCCCCUUGUGCCUUAUUGCUUAAUUAUAAAGUAACUACAAAAGUAUAGAGCAACUUAAUGGAAAGUAUUACCUUAUUGAUACAUUACUAACGUGUAUCCUCUCUCCCACCCCCCUCUCCCUGUCUGAAGGGAUCUGGUGCUGUACAUACUGAGUGCAGUCCCCUGUAGCUCAGUUGGUAGAGCAUGGCGCUUGCAACGCCAGGGUUGUGGGUUCGUUUCCCACAGGGGGCCAGUAUGAAAAUGUAUGCACUCACUAACUGUAAGUCGCUCUGGAUAAGAGCGUCUGCUAAAUGACUCAAAUGUAAAUGUAAUGCAGACUGCCCACAGUGCCUGACCCCCAGGCCUACCAUCUAACAGGGGCCGCUAGUUACAACAUCGCACCUGACAAACUGUCAAUAGGGAAGGAUAGAGUCAUCCACCACAAGAAGAAGAGCAACGAUGGAAGAUGGCACACAGUAAGCUGUCUAAUUACUUGAGGUAGCAGGUCUUGAUAUUAGGAUAAUUUAAUGAAGUCAUUGGUGGAAUAAUCAUUGUUGGUUUUCGGGUCAUUCUAAAUAGUGCAAGAUGUACAUUGUACCUCACAGCCACAGCUUAGAGAUAUACAAGUGUAAAGUAGUUGAUAACCACCUGUAUGGCCUGUCUGUGUGCAGCAAGGAGGUUGGUUGGAGUAGAAUAGGUGGAAUGGUAUCAAAUACAACAAACACAUGGUUUCCAUGUGUUUGAUGCCAUUCCAUUUACGCCAUUCCAGCCAUUAUUGUGAGCCGCCCUCCCCUCAGCAGCCUCCACUGGUGUGCAGGUAAUGGUCAGUGUGGGGAAGAACACUUUCCACCUGCUCUUGGAUGGUUUCCAUGUGCCUGAUGGUAUUCUGCCUGCAGAGGGUUCCUUAGCCCUGUAGAACCGGGUCUACCUGGGCAGUGACCCCGCUUCCAAAACCUCUGGAGCUCAG